UGCCUUGGAGCUGAUGCACAGGGAGCUGUCCACGGCUCUGAAACUACAGCGGAGCGGUUUAAGCUUUCAGACGCUUCAUGCGAAGCAGCUGAACCAUAUUCCUCUUUAUUUUGAGCCACAGAGAUAACAUUAUUCUCAGAGAAGGUGAAAGUGAUGGCUGACAUAACAGAAAACGCCAGUCGUGCCGCUGAAUUGAUCAAGUGUCGUCGCGCGCUGCGCAGGGAGUUCUGACGCGGUUAUUCCCCUCACGAGCUACUCAUUGACACUUAACCAAAAUGUACAGCGAUGGACCUUUGUGUGCUGGAUUACUUCUGACGCUAUUUGGAAACUAUUAUGAAUAGGAGUUCAGCAUCACCAAAUGAAUGACCAGCUGCUUACUUUGCUCAGCAAUCUUCGGAUGUUUUUCUUCGAGCAACUUCAUCAAAGAGCUUUCAGUUAAAGAAUUUUGCAUUUAACGCGCAUAUUAAGAAACUUAACCGGGGGGAAAAGAUUAAAGUAAAUUAUGCCUAUUUUAGUUCGUAUGUUGUUGCACAGCCCGCGUGAAAAAUGAUUGCUGUAAAUAGCGAGUGUUUAACUAUGAUGAGAAGAUGCCUGCUGACGUUCAAACCGUUCAGGAUAUUUGUGGCGGGAAUCGGUUUCUUCAGUCUGUGCUUCUUAAUGACCUCUCUGGGGGGGCAGUUCUCGGCCAAGCGACUGGGCGAUUCCCCAUUCAGCAUCCGAACCGAAGUGUUGGGCGGUCUGGAGUCUCGUGGGGUCCUAAGAAAGAUCAGCGAUAUGUUGGAGAUAAUCAUGAAGAGGAUCGACACCCUAUCGAAAAUGAGCAACAACAGCGAGUCCCACAAACUGGAGGAGCUAAGCUCCGCUCUCCACAGAUUCCAGCCAGUAGGUCUGGUGGAGCGAAUCCAGGCCAUCGCCCAGAACGUUUCUGACAUGGCUAUACGUAUGGAGCAGAUUCUCAAGAAUACUAACAUCCCAGGCAGAGGCCGAGAUGGAGUUACAGGCCAGUGCGAAGUCCCAAAGGAUCCUGGGUACCCGGAUUGCGCCAGUAAAGUGGAUUGGAUGAGAGCCAGGUGGACAUCUGACCCUUGCUACUCCUUUUAUGGAGUAGACGGCUCCGACUGCUCUUUCCUCAUCUACCUUAGUGAGGUAGAGUGGUUCUGCCCCCCGCUGGCCUGGAGGAAUCAAAGCAGCCACCCCACAAUCAGCAGCCUCCCAAGAAGACAGGCAUUUUUCCGCUUCGAUCUGUCUCUACUGUUGGAACGGGUCGGCUCGGGCAAAGAAUCCUUAAGCUUCAUGAGGAGGCGUAUGCGCAGACUGGCUGCACAGUGGGCUGCAGCUGCACGCAGACUUGAGGAGCGCCUGCGCGGUCAGUACAGAGAGCAGAAGAGGAUCCUGGUGCAUGUUGGCUUUCUGACAGAGGAAUCUGGUGAUGUGUUUAGUCCAAAAGUGCUGAAAGGUGGGCCACUUGGAGAGAUGGUCCAAUGGGCAGACAUCCUCACCACCCUUCAUGUGCUGGGACAUAACCUCAAGAUUUCACUCUCAGUCAAAGAACUGCAGGGGUCACUUGGCGUGCCUCCAGGAAGAGGAAGCUGUCCUCUGAUUGGCCCGUUGCCCUUUGACCUUAUCUAUACAGACUACCAUGGCCUGCAGCAGAUGAAACAGCACAUGGGUCUUUCCUUUAGACAGCACAGGUGCCACAUCCGUGUGAUCGACACCUUCGGCACAGAGCCAGCGUAUAAUAAUGAGGAGUACGCCACACUGCAUGGCUACAGGACCAACUGGGGCUACUGGAACCUCAACUGCAAGCAGUACAUGACCAUGUUCCCACACACUCCUGAUAACUCCUUCAUGGGUUUUGUGACUGAGGAACUAAACCAGACUGAAAGAUUCAACAUACAGAGAGACAAAGUCAACAACAUGGCUGUGGUUUACGGCAAAGAAGCCAAUAUGUGGAAGGGUAAAGAGAAGUUGCUGACGAUCUUACACCGUUACAUGGACAUCCAUGGGACAGUGUACUAUGAGGCACAGCGUCCCCCAGAGGUGCCAGCAUUUGUCAGGAACCAUGGAUUACUGCCCCAACAGGAGUUACAGCAGCUUCUGAGAAAGGCUAAGCUCUUCAUGGGAUUUGGCUUUCCCUAUGAAGGCCCCGCCCCUUUAGAGGCAAUAGCCAAUGGUUGCAUAUUUCUGCAGCCAAAGUUCAACCCCCCUCGCAGCUCCCUCAACCAUGAGUUCUUCAGAGGCAAGCCCACGUCCAGAGAGGUGUCAUCUCAGCAUCCGUACACUGAACAGUACAUCGGCAAACCCCACGUCAUAACAGUAGACUUCAACAACUCUCAAGAAUUUGAGACAGCUGUUCAAGACAUACUCAAAGACAAGGUGAUGCCCUUUAUACCUUAUGAGUACACUUGUGAAGGCAUGCUGGAGAGAGUGAACGCUUACAUUCAACAUCAGGAUUUUUGUCACCGCAUCGGUCCAUUCCCUAAAGCCAAUGAAUCCAGGUCAUGGCCUGGGAAUCCACCCAGUCCUUUCCUUCAUCUGCCCAACUCCACAGCUUUGAUCUGGGCUCCCAAUAUCACUGCUCCGGUCUGCUGGCCCCCUCUCAGUGCCCUCCGGCUCUUCCUGUCUCCAGAAGCCUCGUCCUGUGUGAAAACCUGCCAGGAUGCCGGUCUAAUCUGUGAGCCAGCUUUCUUUCCUUUCAUCAACAAUAUGGAGGCCUUCAAUGGGCUUAAUGCUCAGUGUGAGUCUUUGGAAGCGGAGAAGAACCAUGUGUUUCCAGCUGUACAGGUGGAGAGGAGAGAGUGUUUUCAGCAAAAGGAGCCGCUGCUGUUCAGUUGCGCUGGAGUUAGUGCCAAACACCAGCGGCUUUGCCCAUGCAGAGACUACCUCCAUGGCCAGGUGGCGCUGUGCAGGGACUGCCUUUGAGCUUUCCCCAUAGACCUUUAAAGAUGUCUGUGGUAAACUGAGGCCAGCCCUGGGCAGUCAAACAUGUCAGAAUCCCCAGAAUGCUGGUAUCUACAGCUUCAUGGGAAUUGCUGGACUGAGGUCAUUGACGUCAAGCUUGAAGAUGCAUCCGAAGAAGUGUCCUCACUCUUGGUUACUUUGAUCCAAAGCAAAACUUUGCCUCCAGAUGAGCUACUGAUGGUAAGCGAGAUGGUACCCUGAUGUUCACCAUCUUUAGAGUCUACUGUAUGUGAAAAAAAAAAAAAAAAAAGACUUGUGGUGGUUACAAGGUUGGAUGGCGUGAGCCAAAAAUAAAUGCAAAAUACAGUUUUGAGUUUGGAGUUCCUUUGUGAUGCAGGUCAGACUCGAGUAGCUGAAGUUUUAUGAAUGCUGAAAGUGCCAGAAUUGCAUAUGAAUUUUAAAGUCAACAUGAAACAUUAUAGAGUGUUCCAGGGAUGACAUAUUUUUGUAGGCCAAAACUGGGAAAUGAGUUAGUAUUUUACCACUUCAGCUCAAUCGUCCUAAACUCAAUGGGUUUUUUGAAUGGGUUUUUGGUUAAAUGUCUGAAAUAAGGUCUGUGAUUAACAUGAGCUCAAAAUAUUUUCAUGUUUUAUUCUACAACAUGAAAUACAUCAUUAAUACCCCUUUUUUAAAGCUGUUUACUUGUCUUGAAAAAGGCGGCUGCUAGUGUCUAAUGUGACUGUAGAGGUUGUCAAGGACAUUAAACAUCAUCAGCCGAACAGGAAAACUCAUCUACUCACUAGUCGCUUUUACAGCAUCGUUGUGUUUAUAAUCACUCUUACAAACUAUUAUAACUCCAACCUUCAGGGCAAAUGUUUUAAAUAAAGACUGAAAGAGUUGUCUAAAGCUUAAUGGUGGUGGCAUUGAAGUCAUGUGGCUGUAGUGUAGUGCAUUUAUAACCUACCUUUAGCUUUUUACUUGUGAUGGUUAUAUUUAGGCUUCAAAAUUCGUAAAAGUUGUGUUAAUUUGUGAAGGCGAGAAAACCAUAAAAGAAUCAUAAACCUUUGUUGGCCACAGAGCUUAUUUUCUGCAACAAUACAAAAGCCAAUGAAAAAUCCUAUUGGGUUUACGGGUUGGCCUACAAAAAUAUAUCAUCACUGCAACACACAACCCAUUUUAAUGUUAUAUUUUGGAGUCAAAUAGGACAUUCAAAGAAGUGUAGGGUAAGACAUAGUUCCUGGGAUCUGAUAGGAUAUGAUUGUGGAAAGUGGAUGGAUGGAUCGAAUCAUUCCAAACAGUAUGUGCUACUAAUGCUAUACCAACACUAUGUUUAGGGUUUAGAUUUAUAUUAGUAUUUGUUUUCAUGUUGUGUAUGCAGUCAGCACUGUGAUUGACAUGACCAGUGAAAUCUUUAGAAUCAACUUUGGGGUGGGUUUGCGCUGAACUGGUUUGGAGGGGGAAAAAAAUCAUGCAUUGGAGUCAGAGCUGAAUGUGAUUUUUCAGUGUUUUUUGAAGAACAACUCUCCUACUGAAACACCUCCAUCAUCCUCUUUUUAAGAGACUUUUAGAACAGUUCACCUUGCUUUACCAACCUUUCAGGCACACUGGUAUGGUUUUGCAUUAGAGAUUCAAGUUAGAACCUUUCCAUUUUGCUGUAGUUUCCUUGGAUCCACAUGGUUGCUGCUGCCUUACACCUCAAUCUAUAUAUAUAUAUAUAUAUAUAUAUAUAUAUAUAUAUAUAUAUUUAUGGGGGGGGAAAUAAUGUGUUAAAGUUAUUAACACAUUUAAUGCACCCGCCAUUUCAUACAGUUGAUGGUGACAAAUUUGAAGCAGGGCAACAACUCACUGUGUGAUGGAGCCUUUAGAAUGCAGUUAUAUACCCUGUAAACUCAAGAUAUCAGGGGAAAAUGUCCCUGUAUGAGUUUUUGUCUUAUAUUUAUAUCAUGAUAUAGUUAAGAAAUAUCACACGAGUGCUGUUUUGUCCCAAAUAGCAUGUGCAAAUGUGAUACUGAUUUUAUACAGUUCAAUAAGAAGUUAAUACUGUGUUAUAUUUUAGACAAAAUAUUACCAAAUAAAUAUUGCUAAAUAUUACCUGUAAAGAAAGAGCAGAACUGUUGUGCGUCUCCAAACAGCGGUUUCUGAAUGAAUCAGCGUUUUGAGCAAAUCAGUUGGGUGAACCAAUGAUUUAAUGGCUCAUUCAUAAAGAGAGGCAUUUACUUCAUUCCUGAAUGAAUCAGCCAUUUGAAAGAAGCGGAUGGAUGACCUAAUGACUUACUCAUUUAGACAUUUACAGCCACCUACUGGCAGUUUUAGUUUUAUUAUUUCAUUAAAAAAAUCUCAUAUUUCCAUAUCAAUAAAAAAAAUCUUUAAAAGUAUAGUUCACCCAAAAAUGAAAAUUCUGUCAUCAUUUACUCACCCUCAUUGCUGUUGAAGCCUAAACAUUUGUGUAAUAAAUUCAAUGUUAAAUCAAAUAAUUUUUUUUUUUUUUUUUUUUUUUUUCUAAAGCUAUUUUUUGUAAUGUCUAUUUGAAGUUUUUCUCAUUUAACACAAUAAUGACUUUAAAUUAUCUUUUGGGGGCAGCUUCUCAGCCAAACUAUCAUCAGCCCUUAUAUAUUUGAGCAUAUGCAUGUAUAUGUGACCAAUAUCACAUUUGUAGCCAUGCAAUAUGGCUGUAUAUCAGCACAGCUGUGAUUCGGCCUGUAGGUAAUCACAGCAUGCUGAUAUACAGCUAUAUUGCAUGGCUACGAGUGUGAUACUGCAUUUAUACAACAGUUUAAAUAAAUAAAUAAAUAAAUAAGUAAGAUAAGAAACAACAAUGAAGUGUCUUUAAAACCCUCUUUUUUUGAAGACACUUCUAUUACAUUCCUCCAUGGAUUCAAAUCUCAAGUUGAUUCUAAAACCACUUUAGAACAAAGGAAUGUUGAGCCCCUCCAUUGAAACUCAUUGUAUUUUGUACAGUAUUAUUGAGAGAGAGAGAGAGAGAGAGAGAGAGAGAGAGCAUUACCUGUCUGAUAUAACAUUCAUUCUUUAGGUCGAUAAUUUGUUUACAAAUUACAAAUUUGUUUACAAAUUCCCUUUCAAUUUAAAAGUCUCUUGCAAUGGACUCAUUCACUUGUAAAGUUUGCUGGCAUCUAAUGGUGUUUUAAUGUAACUUUCACUCAAUACAUAUUACACACUAAUAGACCCUUUCUCAAUAGCAAAUAUAACAUAUUAUUUACAUAAAAUAAUAUUUAUUGAACAAUAUUUAAAUUGACAAUAGCCAUUAUAAAUGACAACAGGAAAUAAACACAAUUGUACAAACGUACAAAACGCAGUGCUCUACAGAAUGUAAUCUAAGUAUAGCCUUAAUAUUAAAUGAGUAAAUUUAACAUAGCCCAAUUCGAUUUGCUCAGGAACAAGUAAAAGUUUAAUAAGACCAAAGAUUGCCUGUUUCAUGUACCCAAAAUUAAUUAUAUCUCAAGUUUUACCACUAUAAGAGCCAGCAGCAAAUCCCUGAAGCACUGGACAAAAUGAAGCUGUUCUCGGUGGGUACACGAGCACUGAAUGGCCGCUGAUGCCCUGGAGCUCGCAUCUCCGAAAACGUCUAAACAAAUUGUAAAAUAGGUGCUAUAAUUACAUAUGAGUCACAUAUUUCAGGUCUAAACAACUACAUUCUCGCCUAAAAACUCUUAAAACUGCAGUUUGUGGUACAACAAGUGUAGUAUUUGAAAAAAAUACUGUGCAUUUGCUCGGCCGCCAUGACAGUCGCUUCAAGCAGAUACAAACGGUGAAAAGGUAGGUGCUGUUAUCACAAGAAUAUCACACGGUUCCCAGCCUUCAGAUUCGAGAACCGGAAAGAACUGUUGUGAAUGUGUAUAUAUAUAUAUAUAUAUAUAUAUAUACAUACAUACAUAAAUACAUACAGACUGUAUAUUGUUUAAGGUGAAAUAUGGUCAUUUUGCACAGUAACCACUAUG